AUGGCUUUGCUUCUUUGGCUUUACAUUGCUCUCUUUUCCACUCUUUGUUUAGCUGACGACCCUUAUGUCUUUUAUGAUUUUAAAGUCUCUUAUAUCACUACCUCCCCUCUUGGUGUUCCUCAACAGGUUAUAGCAAUCAAUGGGGCAUUUCCUGGUCCUGUUUUGAAUGCCACGACCAAUUACAACGUGGUUGUUAAUGUUCACAAUCAAUUGAACGAAAAUCUUUUGAUGACUUGGUCUGGAAUUCAGUUGCGGAGAAAUUCGUGGCAGGAUGGUGUUCGUGGUACGAAUUGUCCGAUUCAUCCGAAAAUGAAUUUUACUUACCAGUUUCAAGUUAAGGAUAAAAUCGGUAGCUUUUUCUACUUCCCCUCGCUCAAUUUUCAAAGAGCAUCGGGUGGCUUUGGUCCCAUUGUUAUUAACAACUGGAAAAUUAUAGCGAUUCCUUUUCCUGAACCGAACGACGACAUUGCCGUCUUGAUCGGUGACUGGUAUACCAACAACCACACGGCAUUGAGAACAGUUCUCGACUCCGGUGAAGAACUCGGUUUGCCGGAUGGAGUUCUCAUUAAAGGGAAAGGACCUUACCGGUAUAACAAAACUCUUAUCCCUGAUGGUAUUGAAUAUGAAACCAUUAAUUGA